AUAAAUAACGUCAUUGAGGCAACAGUCAUAAAAGGAAAAUACAAAGGAGAGGAUGUCUUGAUUCCGCGGAUACCGAUGAUUGCAAUUCCAUUCAAUUUUAAACGCUUACAAUUUCCAGAACGCCUGGCCUUUGCGAUGACCAUAAAUAAAUCACAAGGA